AUGGGCGUUCCAUACAAGAAAUCAGCGUCUCUUUCAAAUCAAUACGGAGGUCUUCAUGCCAGCCGUUGGGUCGAUCUUCUCUCAAAAUCAUGGAUUCCAUUCAUACAACUGGCGCGACUGGACCCCUCGGCUGCCCUUUUCUUGAUCUACUUCCCCCAUUUGUUUGGAAUACUACAAGCUGCAAAUAACAAUAACAGCCAGGUAUCUGAAGUUCUACGAGUGUGCGUCUUGCUUCUGGCUGGAAGUUUCUUCUUUUCCAACACCGCACACACUUGGAACGACCUCGUCGAUUCUCCCAUCGACAAACAGGUAGCACAAACAAAAAACCGGCCGAUACCUAGGGGAGACAUAUCACUUUUCAAGGCAUUCUUAUUCGCUAACAGUCAAGCGUUCGGAGCCGCGUUCUUCUUGCUUUUCUUUUCUCCAACGACUGCGUUGGCGACGCUCCCGACCAUCAUAGGGACAGCAUACUAUCCUUGGGCAAAACGGCAUACCCAUUUCGCUCAAGUGGUCUUGGGGUUGUGUCUAGCAUGGGGAAUCGUUGUUGGAAACGCGGCAAUAGGAAUCCAGAACCCCUGGAAGGAAACAGGAAUUUUUCUCUUAGUUCUUGCAUCGACGCUGUGGACUGUUAUCUACGAUACGAUCUACGCAUGCCAAGAUAUUGUCGACGACAAGAAGAUAGGAGUGAAAAGUAUGGCGGUUCUUUUUGGGGAUAGUACAAAGGGCUUGCUCUGGGUGAUGUUUUUUCUUAUGGAAGGUGUGUUAGUUGCGUUUGGGCGGAGUGAGAAAAUGGGAUUCGGAUAUCAUGCAGUUGCACUUGGGGGUUGUGCCGGCUCAUUAGGACUCAUGGUUUUGAAUGUUGAUUUAGAUGAUGGAUCAAGCUGUUGGCGGUGGUUUUCAUGUGGAUUUUGGCUGACUGGGAGCUCUAUCGCCGCGGGGUUGUUUGUAGAAUAUCUUGAGUUGUGAGAGAACGUAAUCUUACUUCUUGCGUUACCGUCUUUAAGAGGCAGUAAGAUCCAUAUCUUAUUCGGGCCUUUACGCAGCCAUAAAAGCAAGCAUAUUAGGCUAUACAAACGCGCAUAUCAGUAUAUAUACAUCCGCUUAAGCUCAAAAUCUUCCUCAGGCUCGAUCUAAAACCGUUUUAUUCCCUAAUUCCAACUAUAUAAUACAAAAUCUUCACGUCAGAGCGAAAGUAUGGAGUAUUCAGAGGAAGAUCAAGUGAUAAGUGUGUAUGUGAUACAAUAUCUCAUCAGUUCAAUGGAGAUUAUUUACUGAUUGUCUUUCACAGCCUCAACGGAAUAGUCAGCACGCGAGUGAUUCAUCACGAGGAUCGGUCAUUUGCAUUUCUUGUGACUAUGGAUAUAGUAAAAGGCGAAUCAUUCUUCAAGCAGAAACCACCUCUCCACUUCCACGCCAACCAGGACAAAUAUAUACAGGCAGUGGAGGUUAGGAUGGGAAUCAAGAUCGAGGGGCGUGAAUUGAUCUUGGUGCCUGGAGAGAAGGAACACUGUAUCAAGGCAUGGGAAAACCACCGCUCGUAUCCCCUUGUGACGGCCCAACAAGAGCCAGGGUGUAAUUUUGUGAAAUUCUUGCUUUCAGGGGAGAAGAUAUCCCAAUCCUUCCAGUUCAACACCUUGUUCUUCGAAAAUUGGUAAAAGUACCAGGACGAAGUGGUACAAGCGGGUGGGAAUAUUGAUUUGAUGCAGGUUUUAAGUGUAAGCUAUUUCCGUUCGAUAACUCCGCUAUUGCCCAGGUGCUGACAGAUGAUUCAAAUGAUAGACAUUUGAUGCUGGGGGAACAUAUGUUUCUCUUCCGGCUUGGGUUCCAUUUAGUAGUAGCGUAUCGCAGAUGCUUGGAGUUAUUGUGGGGAGGUGGGUUGGUGGCUUGUUGGGAUACCAGCCUUUCUACCAAAAGUACUCCGCAGACUGGGGACUUGCAUGUCGGCAGAUGAAGUUGUCCUUCUUUCAGAGGCGAUUCGCCGAGACACACUAG